AUUUUGUUUAAAAAAAAUCGGCGUAUUCUAUUUUUAUUUAUGCUUAAUUAAUUAUUUGAUUUGGUAAAACUCCAUCAUUCUAUACUAAAUUCCAGUGCGUUAUAAACGCACAGAAUAACAUGAUUUUCCAACUGAUUCUAAUCUCAAACCUUGUUGGGUUCUCCUAUCUCGAUUGCGGUUGUAAUAGCCUCAAUCGACAAGCACCCCAAAUCAAGUCCGAUAAUCUCAAUGAAGGACACUGCAGUAGUUCCCAAAAUGCAGAGGAUGGGUUUUGCGAAAAAUCCAAUGAAUCCACAAAAUUCCAUGAUAUGUCUCUGAUUCCUGGUGGAGAAUAUCAAAUAGGAACCAAUUCACCACAUUUUCCAGCUGACAAUGAAUCUCCAGAGUAUGAUGUCCAAAUUACCGAUUUUUACAUGGACAAGUAUGAAGUUUCCAAUCGUAAAUUCAUGGAAUUUGUAAAGGCUACAAAAUAUGUAACCGAAACUGAGAAAUUCGGUGAUAGUUUUGUUUUCAAAACAUUCCUGACUGAAGAAUUGAGGAAGGAAUACAACGAUUUUCGGGUUGCUAGUGCCCCUUGGUGGUAUAAAGUGAAAGGUGUUGAUUGGAAACAUCCUUAUGGGCCAGAAACUGAUACUAAAGAUAUUUUAGAUCAUCCGGUUGUUCAUGUGACUUGGAAUGAUGCGGUGGCCUAUUGCACUUGGGAAGGAAAACGUCUGCCAACUGAACCUGAAUGGGAAGCAGCCUGUAGAGGUGGAAAGAAGCGCAAACUUUUCCCCUGGGGUAGCAAAUUAAUGCCAAAAGGAGAACAUUGGGUAAAUAUAUGGCAAGGUGAAUUCCCAGACAAUAACACUAGGGAAGAUGGAUAUGCGGGCACAUGUCCAGUUACUAGCUUUAGGCAGAAUAUUUUCGAUAUGCACAACAUAGUUGGAAAUGUAUGGGAAUGGACGUCAGAUUUAUGGGAUGAGAAUGACAGAAGCCAACCACCAAAUCGGGUAAAGAAAGGUGGAUCGUAUCUUUGCCAUGAAUCCUACUGUUAUCGGUAUCGAUGUGCAGCCCGGUCUCAAAAUACUGAAGACAGCUCAGCAGGGAAUUUAGGCUUUAGGUGCGCCAAGAAUCUUUAAAUUAAUUUUUUUAUAAAUAAUUAUGUAUAUUAAUGUAAUAAAUCUCAAUAAACAUUUAAUAAAAAAAUCAA